CUGCGGAUAUUAUUAAUACCCUCGUCUCCUUCUCGCAACUCUCUCUCAACGAAAAAAAAAAAAAACACAAACGCCAAACCAUUUUCAUGAACCUUUUUCUCUCUCCCUUUCUUUCUCUCUUUAUUUAUUUCUUUCCAAGCUUAUCAAUCUUGGCCUUUCCAACUAUGGUUAUGAGCUUUUGCAAGAAGAGCGUUCACGCUUUUCUUAGCCUCACCACCUCCAUAGACACCACCACCGCUACUACUACUGCCAUCACUGACAAACUUCACCACCACCACCACCACAUUUCUUCUUCCUCUUUUUCAGGAGGGUUGGGAUUGAUCACUGCCACCGGCGGUGAUAUGCAACGCUCGCCCAACGUUCUUGAAUCGUCGUCGGUUAAAUCCACGCCGCCGCCUGCUCCGAUGAAAGACCCCCGCGGGAUAGGAUUCAUCGACGAUAUAGGAGGCGGGGUCGACGGGUUGAUGUCGUGCACGGAGAGUCUAGGAUUUGAGAGCUCCGACGAGAGGCGGUUCGAUGACAAGAUUGAGGAGGAGAUGAAAGGCAAUGAGAGCAAUGAUGGGUUUCAAAGGAGGACGACGACGACGAGAAUGAAAUGGAAAAAGGAGGGAGGGGAGGUGAAGAAGUUUCCCCCGCCGCUUUCCUCGAUGACUCGGAACGGCCAGCGGAAUUUCUUUCUCCGUGCGGUGAGGAAGGACGGGCGCCUUGAGCUCACUGAGGUGAGGGUUGAUCGCACCGAGAUUCUCCGGGCUUCGCGAGAAGAUGGGCGUUUGAGAUUGCACCUCAUCAGAGACGACGAUAUCCAAGAUUGUACAGACGAUGAAGAAGAAGAAGAAGAAGAAGAAGAAGAAGAAGAGGAAGAAGUCGUAGAAGAAGAAGAAGAAGCAGUCGUAGAAGAAGAAGAAGCAGUCGUAGAAGUGGUAGAAGAAGUAAAAGAAAAAAAAGUAAAAGAAAAUGGGAUUGAAGAAGACACUGUAGAAGAGAAGGGAGAAGAGGGGAUUGGGGAGUGGAUGUUUCCGGCGACCGGUGAGGGGUUCAUUAGAUGUCACGAGUUGGUAAGCCACCACCAGCAUCACAAUCAUCACCAGCACAACUUGCAUAUUUGGAGGCAGCAUUGUGUGACAACUGGGUGAGGUUACCAAUUAUUUAGCAUGCUCACGUGGACUUGCGAAAUUGCAAGAGACAACGAAGUGGAAUCUCUGGAAACAACAGCAAGCAAAUAGGCUCUCUGCCUCGCCGGCCAGCAGACCAGAGACAGAGAGAGACAGAGGUUGCCAAAUGCCAAAUUUAGAAGGGUUCUGUUACCACAUAACACAGUUUCACUUUCAUCUUUUCAGAGCUCAUCUAGCUUCCAUCAAAUAAAGAAAAUUUUGAAUACCAAUAUCGUAUAUGAUAUAUCCCACCACCAUCGAUCCAUUUUCUCUGUAAUAUAUUGUUUAGAUGAUACAUACAUACAUACAUAUAUGUAUGUACGUAUGUAGUUUUUUGUUGAUGAAAAAAUCUGAAAUCUCUACGUGUAAAUGGAUAUUCUUGUGUGUAGAAGCAUAAAGUUUUGGUAAAAGUGGAAAGACGAUGAAAUUCAUGUGAUUUUGGUCAGUUGAAGGGAGGACUUUGAAUAUCGAACCAAAAAAGUGGUGGAGAUGUUUUGGUGAUGAUAAGAUGAGGUUUGAGUUCAUGUACUUCGAUCAAAAGUUGACGAGAGGGACUUGGUGCGAAGUUGACAUGGAAGCUCACAACAGAGGGGAACAACAAGGAUUAGGGUACAGGUGGACGCUGUUGACUAAAUCAAUGUUUGCAAAAGCGUUUUGCGGUGUCUUUUUUUUUUUUUUUUUUUUUAAUUUAAUUCAAACCCAUAAUUAUUUUAUUUUUGACACCCA